UGUGACAGGGAUGCCACGAAUGAAGAUAGAACGAGAAAACGAUUUUCCUUCCCUCCAUCUAAAAAUGGCGUCUCUCUGAGAUGUCCUUUUCGCACUAGCAUAAUUUUAAAAAUAUCGCAUCUUUCUGUUAUCAAAACAAGAAAAUACAGUGUUUAUUGACUGAAGACAUAGUGUUAACGAGUUUCGGCGUGCUAUACAAUACACGCUUGGUUAUAAAAUAGGUAAAAUGUUGUAUGGGCGAGGCGGAUUCCAAAAAUCACAAUAUUUAGCGUUGAAACGCUCGUUUUAGUUUAGUAUUUAGACUAUAUAAGUGUAAAAAUGGACAAGAAAAAUAAAAAGAAAACUGUGAUCAAACGCAAGAGUGACGAGGCGGGUGAUAGUGAGAAAAAGCAGAAAAUAAUGGUUAACCGGAAGGCUGAAGAGAAAGAAAAAGUGGAAGUUGUGAAUCAAGUGGUUGAGGUGCCAGUUGAGCAGGGGCAGCAGAUUGUGCAUACUGGUCAGCUAGUCGAGGGUAAUUUCGAGCAGCCGGUUUUCGUAAACAUGAAAGGGGAACCUGUACAACUGGGUCCGAACACCGUGAUCCUUUACGAACAAAGUGGUAACCCGUCAAAUUUCGCUUUCGGUGGAAUGUGGACCAUGGACUCGUCUGGUCGUAUUGUGAUGGCUGAAACCAUCUAUGACGUGAAGGGAGAACCGGAGGAAGAAAGCGGGAACUUCGUUCAAAACAACACGGAGGUUCCUGCGCAACAAGUAGAAGAACAACAGAACACAUACCAGCAAUUUGAAUUAAGCAGCGGUUCGCAAGUCGACGGUACACAGGAGUACGAAGUGGCUAUCAUAGAGAAUCCACCAGCGGAGACUACGGAGAGCAGGCCGCAGCAAGAGGGGCAGCAUGAGUACGAAGUGGCUAUAAUAGAGAAUCCACCUGCGGAAACUACGGACAACCCUGAUCCUCAAGUGGUGACGACUGAGGAACAAUUGAUAGCCACCGGAACUGGGGCCGUGCGUUGGCUCAAUCAGAAAUAUGAUUUCGUCGUUAGGAAACUGCAGUUGAAUUAUGAUGCCGGAGUCAAGCUCUUACACUCUCAGUCUGGCUGUAUCCAGUGCGUGUACCUCACUACUCCGAGCAUGCAGCUAGCUUUCAAUGCUGUGCCACAGUUCCUCUGCAUAGAGACCGGCAUAGAGUUCAACAGCACGAUCCCAACGGUGGGCGGUACAGGCACACCGGCUGUCAAGCACAAUGUGACUCUCUUUCUCGCUGAAGAUGGAAACGGGAAGUCUGUUAUAGUUAGUGCCGGUAUAUCAACGCUUAUCGGUGAAGAUCUGACAUGGUUAUUGGAGACUUUCAAAUCGUGUAAUCCUGCGUGGCGGCAAGUCAGAUGCGUGGUCUGUGAUCCAACGAAAUCUCAACAGGCGGUCCGCGCGGCGUUCCCGUCCGCGCACGUGUCGUGCUCCGUGUGGCAGGCCGCGGCCGCCGCCGGGCGCGCCGUGGCGGCCGCGCUGCGCCGGGACGAGGCCGCGCCCGCCCUGCACGACGUGCCCGCGCGGGCCAAGACCUACGCGCUGGCGCUGCUGCGGGGGGACCACACGCCCGCGCAGCUGCAGGCAUUAAAACGUAAUAUAAUCGGCACUGGCGCAGGCACGCUGCGGUUGUGGGAGAUUAUCUCUCGGCCGAACGGCGCCAUACAGAAACUGGACUCGUGGCUGGAGGCCGACAACUAUACGAAUAUACUGCACAAGGGUCUAGAGCGCCUGGUCACCAAGUUCCAGCAGCUCGUCCGGCAUCAGCUGCAGCCGGACGACUUCGUAUCCGUCUUCUUCAACGUGGCCAACCAGCUCGAGAACGAGAGGCGGACUUUCGCGCUGAGCAGGCUCAGGGACACGGAGACCCUGAAGCAAUCUCCCACGGACACCAUCACGCAGUACGCUUACAACCUGAUGAGCCAUCAGACGAAACUGGCGCAGAAGUGUCUGGACGACCGGGCUGGGAGGAAACACAGCAGCGCCGCCAUAUGUAAAUACGGUACAUCCACGCAAGAGUGCUCCUGUCUCUUCAGCAAGGUGUUCCGCCUGCCCUGCAGACAUAUCCUCAUGCUGACCACCGAGUUGAAGGUCAAAACACACAUCCCCUUCGAGCCCCGAUGGACAGUCCAACAUUGCCUGUUUGGUUGCGACAGUCCACAAACCACGACAACUACUAAUAAUACUGGCGGUUCGUUCAUGGAACAAGUGGUGGUCGAGUCGGAUGAGCAGCAUCGCCAGGCGAUACAACAGCCGCAGCAGAUACAUCAGGUAGGCGGUGUCCGACAACAGCAAUAUGUAUUGACAACUCCCGGACAGCCAGCCACGCCCGUCUCGCAGGUAAUAUUCUGCGGCGGGGCGGGCCCCGGGUCCCCCGUGCUCACGUCCGUGCUGCCGCCCGCCGCCGCCGUCCUCGCGCCGCACCACGCGCUGCACUGACACCCUCACGCCACACCCACACCCACACCCACUAGUGGGAGCCCGCCCAGGGGAGAUAACCGAUAGCCAAACCCACUGCGCGAAGUGUUAGUUCGAUCCCCGUAGGACAAGCGUUUGUGUGAUCCACGAAUGCUUGUCCU